UAGUGCAGUGUAUGAAGAAAUUUGCAGCAAGAAGAUUGAAAUUUAGCAAUCGGGAAAAAUUCGUGAAUCCCGAUAAAGGGAAUGGAAUAGAAAUGAAAUGCUGUCUAGGAUUCAAUAAAUGUAGAGAAAAAAUUAAAACCUGUGCUGAACUGACAAUUUGAGCAAUUUUGAACCGUAAUAUAAAUAACGCGGAUAUAUAAUUUAUCAUAAGAAAACAAUUAAAGCGGUCGCUCAAUUUUAAUGGAAGAAAAUGGAUAAAAAAGCAAAGAAAUGCGCCCUUAUCUUCUGCGUGCUGGUAUCGCUGUUGCUCGGUGCCACCUUGUGUUCCAUUCUUCUGAUUCAAAUAGCACCAAGCGCCCUCACCCCUGGCCGACAGAACCGUAAUGUAGGAGCGAAUGUGCCCAACAGCAUGCAGAAUGUACUGCCCAACAGCAUGCAGAAUGUACUGCCCAACAGCAUGCAGAAUGUACUGCCCAACAGCAUGCAGAAUGUACUGCCCAACAGCAUGCAGGAAGAUACCGAAGCCUGGCAGUUUGAGAUCAGUAGCGGCUCUGAGGUGACCAGCGGUGGUGACAACGGAGGCUCGCGGCCCCAGACUCCGGUAACAAUCAACCUAUCGAGGAAACAGAGUCCCACGCCAUCAAUCGUGUUGCGGACCCGGCCUGACUUUAACGAGCUGCGGUUCCGUCCGCUGCAACAACAACUUAACGAUCUUUGGGUCGCCAAUGAAAUGGAUGAUUUGACAUUGCUUGACCGGCAUAAGAGGCUGGGCAAGCAGAACUUGCCUGAGGUGAGUCACGACUCGCAUCGAACGAGACGACAACAAAAGACAAGGCGAAUCAAGGCUCUCAUAGACAAAAAACGGCGCAUAUCUCAGUCAGUUUCCCGAAAAGAUCAAUUCGAUAAUUUAAAUAAACCUGAAGCUAGAGCAACUGAUGCUCUUGAUACAGGCGUAGAAGAGCCCGAAAUGCAAAUAUCUGAAUUUCGCGACUCGUCACCUCCGAAUGAUAGAGCACACGCGCUAAAUGGUUUCUUAAAAAUUUUCAAUUCAGUUAGAAAAGAUCGUCUAGUAAGAGAUCAUGUUCAUUCAAAAUUAAAUAAUAAAAUUCGCAAAAUGUCAAUUAAACUCAAAUCAAAUCGUAUCUCAAGCUCCAAAAGUUCGAAAAUCAUCCGUGUUGCAUCCGAGAAAAAGGAAGAAAACAAGUUGGGGUUUAGUUCAAGUCUUCAUGCAGAAAUAAAUGCUCAAAAAAUUGGAGGACCAGAGUCAGGAGCUCGUCAAGAUGACAGUAGAAGAAGGACUCCAUAUGAUCAGGCCUUAAUUCUAGCCAAUUCCAGUGAUAAUUUUGAGCAAGCUAGUCUUGUCCGAGUCUUGAACUCAGGUACUAAUGACAUAUUACAUUUGACAAAAUUAAAUCCAAGUGCGAGCACCAUGACGGACGCUAUGCCAGAGUUUGAUGCUAUGAAGCAGGGACGUGUGAGGCUCAAAAAUUCAGGAACACAAUCCAAGAGGAAUGAUAAUCCAGAGACAAAACGACAGAAACGAAAAAAACUCCGCCGCAAACGCUUGCCGAGAACAUAUGGAUCAGCUGCCAUCGGCAUCCAGGCACUGAAAUCAAGCACAUUGCCAGACGUCCAGUCAACCGAACCAUGCACCACACCAGGCAUUCAAACAAAAGAACCAUGUACCAUACCAGGCAGCCUAACAACAGAACCAGGCUCUACACUAGGCAUCAAAACAACAGAACCAGGCUCUACACUAGGCUUCGUAACAAUAGAGCCAGGUAUUACACCAGGCAUCCAAAGAGUAGAACCAGGCACUACACCAGGCUUAAAAAUUAGAGAACCAGGCUCUAUACCAGGCUUAAAAACUAGAGAACCAGGCUCUACACUAGGCAUCCAGUCAACAAUCGGACCAGGUCUCCGAAGCCUUGUAGGUUCUGCAGGCAGUCCAGGAGAUGGCGCCUGCUGGACGCACGACCAGUGCGGUGAACGACGGCUCUGCUUCGACGGAUGGUGCAUUCGACAACGCCCUGACUCGGAGGUGCGGAAUGCUGGAUCUCCAACAGCGGAGCUGAGGCAGGAGCAUCACGGCGACCUGAUGAACCUCAACCCCCUCAUCAGCAGAGACCCUACACGACCCAAAUCUGUGCUAACGACAAAUGCCAAUAAUGCAAAGAUUGUGCGCAAGAGAAUAGCUAGCAAACCCAACAAUCCCCAGGAAACUUUGAAACAUGGAUACAAUGACGUUCUAACAGAAAGUGAAUACCAAGGGUUAAAUUCGCACGUAAAAAAUAAUAAUGAGGAUGAAACUUCGCUGGGACAAGUUCCCGACGAAUCAAAACAUAAACAUAAGGCAGACUUGAUGAAAGAUUCCUCUGAACUUGAAGGCAAUGAUGAAAUAUUACAUCCAGAAGACUUGAGCGAUUCAGAGAGUAAGCAUAAACGCUUAAACACAUUAGACGAUCCAGAGAAACGUUUCGCAACAAAAGACGCACUAAUGCCGACCAGAGACAAGCGACGCCUGCGCAUGUCAUCAGAGAGCGUGCUGGUGGGAAUAGCAAUGACAGUUUCAGUGCUGUUGGUGCUGAUGUUGGUUACAGCUUGUGUGUGCUGUUGUUACUAUCGCCAACAGAACCUCAACGAAGAAGAGCAAGAGCUAAUCCUUAAGCCUUCGUUGACAAAUAGCAUGGGCGAAGAACGCUGCAGCCACAACAAUGACAGCGGGGGCGUCAGGAGCCGACCACCGUCCUACAGGUCACUGGCGCCCCCGGACUACGUGCAGACGAGGGCGCUGAUGGGGGACGGUCCACUCAGCCCUUCAAGAUCUAUGAGAGGAAGAGGAAUCCAUGCAGGAAUGGAAGCUCAGUCGAGAGGACGUAAACUUGAAGCAAAUGGGAAGAGGCCCAGCAAGCAUGUUACUAUUGAAGAAAUAAAUCCUUUUAUCCGCAACGAACAAAUCAAAACUGAUGCAAUUCACGACAGAGUAGAAAAUCAGUCUACAAAGCCUGAUGAGAAAUUUGCUGAAGAUAUUCAUCUCGUUGAUCCAAGCGCAAGACAAGAUGAUAACCCUGGUGUUCAACAAAUGCUCAAGGAAUCCAACGUUACGCCUGAAAUAUCUUCAGAAAAGAUCACCAAGGAUAUAAAGACGAAUAAAUUGGAAAGUGAAGAUUCUGGUAUAAUUGAUGGUAACGAGAUGAGGCGCAAUGGGCAGAGCGAUAAUUCAAGAGAAUCCAAGGUAAAUAGAGAUAUUGUGAAGGAGCUCGCUGAGAUCCUAGUGAGCAGACGCGAGAGCUGUAGGAAGGCAGGAGGCGUUCAAACAAAAGUCACAGCGCAACUCGCCUAUCGGGGAAUGGAACCAAAAGCCAAAGCCGCGACAGACGCAGCACACAUGACUGAAGAAAACAAAUUAUCUCAAGAGGAAACUGUUUAUGUUAGCACUGACGAUAGCUUUUCAAGUUAUGAAAAUGACGAGAUGCAGGCUAGAACUGACGAGCGACAAGGUAAAGAGAUAAUGCCAACUGAGCACAUUUACGAAGAGGUCGAAGAACAACGCAGCCAUGACAGCGAUGUUCUUGGGCAAGAGUCUGAGCCUAGUGCCCCACUAUACGAAAACUUGCCCCGUCAAAACUCGUAACUUUGAAGUCAUACCAAUAAAUUUUUUCAUAUAUUUUUUAAAACUAAAUAAAUAUUCUAGUUAUCAGGAACAUGUUGCAGAGAAUGCAUGAAGACUUCAGUCGUCAAAGGUAAAUCCAAAAUCCUCCUGAUCGGUAGACGCAAUUUACGAAAAAAAUUGCAAUCAAGUAACAACUUAACGAUGAAUAAAAAAUGCUGGCAUCUCCACUUUAAUCCAUUGAUCUAUUUUUCUAUUGCCGUAUAAGGGCCUAUAUAUAAUUGCAUGCAAAUUACAGGUAUAUUAUACAAAGGAAAAAUAAAUGUUCAUUCUGUAGGUUCGAGCUUUCAACUUUUCAAUAUACUUUUGGAGAAGGUUUCGAAUAUCUAUUGAUAUAAGUUUCGAAUAUAAGUUUCACAACGCAUAUUUGUAGCUAAUAUUUCCGUAACUAACAGUGUUAAUUUACGCAUCUACAGGGUUAUUCUAAAUGAUGGACCCAAUUUAAUAAAUUCGUGUUUAUUCGAGU